GGAGCGUCGGGUGCGCGCGCGCGCGCGCGGAAGAAUGCGGGCCGUUAGUCGCGAGGAAGCGGGGCUUUAGAGAGGAGCGCGCGAGCCGUGGCUCAGUUUCAGCUCGACCGCGGGCGCAUAUCGUCGCUGUUUCAUGUGGAGACUGAGCUGGAGAACAACCAGACGGAGAAAAUUCAUUGCCGCUGAUCGCACGAGCUUCUGGAGCUGCUCGACAUGGAGUUUCGGACGUUCGUUAUGAUUUUGCUCUGCGCGUCUUGCUUCGCCGAGGAGUACAGAGAGAAGGACAAAAACGCCACCGGCGACAAGAACACUCUGCCGGACGAACCGCCAGAAGGCUACUACGCGUUCGUCGAGUCGCCGAACGCGGAACCGCCGAAAGUCAGGCCGCCGCCGUACGUCGACAGCGAGAAGGAAUGCCAUGAUACGGGAAAGCAGGGAAAGGGCUUCGUGUCGAUACACAACAUCUGCGGCGACCUGAACAAGGGCUACAUACCUAAGAACCCGAUGAAGCAGAGCUUCGGCGGAUCGUCCUACCCCUUCGAGCUGAUCAGAAACCACACCCUCAAGUUCCUGAGCAAGGCUCUGCCGAUCCUCAAGGCCGAUGACUCCCUGCCCAAGGUCGCCAAGGUUCAGCCCUUCUCGCAGAACUCGGUUGAUACCGAUCAGAAGCGCAGCCUCAGGAAGAAGAGGCAGACAACGGACGCCAGCGAGAUGAGUCGCAGCGGCAGGAAGUUCUGCGAGAACGGAGGUGGAGUGGUCUGCAUGCUGUACAAAGCCAUCCAAGGCGAACCCCUGACCCCAGCAGCCGCCGAGCGCAGGGACGAGCCUCCACCGCCAGCCGCGAACCUGGAGUAUCGCCAGCGAGCACCAGCCGUCGGCGCCGCUGGUCCCGAGAAAUCCGAGUACACCGGCCCUCCGACCCCCUGUCCCGCCAAGGUCGAGUACGCCACCCCCGUGUUCGCCAAGAACUACCAGGGCGUCUGGAGAUACGUCGUUCAGAUCCCGUACGAGGGUUACUUCACGCAGACGAUCGAGGUCACGCGCUGCAUGCAAUCGAGGUGCCAUUACCUCGACGGCGGCUGUCUCUCGUCUCCGCGCUGGACGAGUCUCCUCGUGGCCGAGAUCUUCUACCCGGACACCUUCCUCGAGGAGACCCAGGGUGGACGACUUCCUGGUCCACGUGAUCCCGUUGCCGGAUCGCCUCCGCCGGUUCACGACUUCCAGAACUACCAGCAGUACCUGCAGAAGCGGGCCGGUGAAAGCGAAGGUCGAAGCAGCGGUGCCGGUAUCGGGUCCGGUGUCUCCCCGGUGCAGACCAGCUCGGCCGGAAGUACCGCUGGACAUCAUUGCGAUGGCGUUGACGAUAUGGGCUGCUUCCAGGUCCGACUGUACUACGACUGGUUCCUCGUCCCUGGUAGCUGCAAGUGCUGGCGUCCGGACUACUUCAACCGCUACGUGCGCCGAAGUAAUCCAAACCCGGAAUUGUAAAUCAGCAGCUCGAUGAAUAUUCCAGCGAAAUUUGAUUUUUCAAUUGUGCAGUAUUUAUUAUUAUUCCGUCUGUAUUGCGACGAGUCACGUUUUUUCUUUUUAAAAAAGAUUCAUUUUUUUUUUUUUUUUUUUUUUGUUACAAGAGAAGAGAUUGUUUUGUAAUGAAAAAUUAUCUCGAGUGAAUGGGAGAAUUUCGACACUAUUAUGCAAUGCAAGAGAAAUUAUAGGGGGAGUGUCCAAGUUCUUUUGUUUUGACUGAUUUGUAGGAUCUUAGGAGAUUUAAUGCGAAAUUAUGUCUUUUUGAAUCUGCUCAGCGCAGCUCUCGCGCGACGACUUAAAAAGACGUAAUUUCUGUGCAGCAAACAGUGAAUAGCUUGUAAUUAUAAUCAAUUACUUAUUUACUUGUAUUUAAUAUUAAUUAUGUAUAUUUUAUAUUAACGUUUUGUAAAUAAACAAAAUUCAUGAAACGA